GGUUAACUACGUUUUGCUGUUUUGACUGCCACUUUAUGAAUAAAGACAACAGAGGGCGCUUGAAUUAACCGGUAGCUGUUAAGCUUGUCAAGCUGGACCAUAAUUUCAAGAAAUUGUUCUGGUUUCAUUUAGUAGUUUCAGUCUUGGUUUUGGCUUUCAUGAUUUAACUGUCGUUCUUGGAAGAGAACAUUUACGCCACCAAGAAAAUGACUUUCACUUAUGUUAAUUUGUUUUGGAGAAUUCAUUAACAUUUUCAAUGUAGACGUUCAUAUUAUUUGCAGAUUUGCCGAGAACAAUUCGAGGAAUUCAACAUGGCGGCCCCUACACGGUAUCCACGAAAAAUGACACUCGGCAUUGUUAUCUUGGAAAUCUAACCGUACACUUUCCGUUUGUCACCAGUCUGCCAAUAUGCCUCAUUGUAACCGAAAGUGCUGAUGUUUUGAGUUGGACAAGAAUUUCCCAUCACUGUGUCUUCCAUGAAGAACGGGCAAACAGGCCUGGGCCUCGACCUAUUCCUUGAACUGUUCGAGUGGUUAUCACAGGCAACACAAGUUACCGUGCGUGUGGGUCAUGCGGUGCGGGGUGUUGUGAAGCUUUGGCCGGGUUGGUCGUGGCGCAUAGCGGUGGCUGAACAAAAAACCAUUGUUAGCGGUAUUGUGUUUACCCAUUGUUUGCCAAACAAAGCUGUUGAAAAGGCACAUGUUUGAGACAGGUGCAGUAACAGCCGUCCACUUGGAAGCAGGAAAUUGCUUGCAUCGAUAAGCAGAUAGGCCUAGGUGAAAAAGGCACAUGGUGUUCGGAGUUGACCUGUGACUGUUAAAACUGCAUGCUACCAGCUCUGAAUAUUCAUUAGACAGAGCGAAUGAAGAGAAUGAAGGUGGUAUGAGAUGAUUCUAAGCGAGGCACAUUUCUGAAACGCAGAGAGAGACGACUGCAAUGUCAGUUCGCCAAUCCAGCCCAGCUAUGGGCACCGACGGAAUCCAGAUAAAGCAAGAGCCCUUGGAUGAGGACAGCGAUCGGCAAAGCGAUGGUGACAGCAGCGGCAGCCAUGCUGGGAGUGGUGCUGGUAUGAGCAACAUUGUUGAGAACGACAUGGCAGAUGUCCAGAUGGAAUGUGAUGAGAUCAGCAAUGGGCAUGCUCAGAUGAAUGGCGAGACGGACAGCCGCACCCCAUCAGUGCACAUGGACGGAGAUGUGAACAGUGAUGAACAAUGCCUAACCGACAACGGUCAUAGUCCGACUCUGACAAACGGAGUUGACGGUGACCUGCACAUAGAUAAUAACAAUACUCUACUUAAGGAUGCAGCUGAGGUGGAGAGAAGUAUAGAGGUGGCUGAGAUGGAGUUGAGGAAAGCACCAGAGCCUGGAGCACCCACACCCAAGAGCCUUGCCGAAAAAGAAGCGAGAUUAGAACAACUCCUCUCCCAGCUGAAUGUCCUGAAGGAACAGCUCCUCGCCCAGCAGCAAGAGGCAGCCGCCAUGCACCGGUCGCAGAUCCAACGCCAGCAGCGGCAGAUGGAGCUGCAGCGACUUCAGCAGGACAUGCUACAGCGCCAGCAGCAGCAGUUGCUGGAGCAGCAGCAUAAGAUCACCAUCCUGACCCAGGCCAUGCAGCACCAGAGCGGGCAGUUCAUUCGACUGGUGCCCAUUUACCCCCAGGAUUACCCUGCUGGGGUGGCACCGGUGCUGAUUGCGCCAGAUGGCACGGCCGUCAGCAGCAGCACCCAGACAGGGACCAAGACCACUCAGGCUGGACUGAGCACCUCCCACCUCUUAGCCGGUCACCCAGGGCUUCCAUCACCCCAGCUCACCACGGGGAUCCCUGUCCCCGUCAAGCCCCCCAUGCACACCGCCAGCCCAAAGGGUCUUCUGACUAUCCCCCAUGCUUCGUUCCCGCCGACGGGCUUCCCUUCCACCCGUACCAGUCCCAGCACUGUUGCACCCUCGCUGCAGCAGGAUUCAAACCCUGAACCUCUCAAUCUGUCUGCUCGGGGUUCAAACUCCUCAUCUUCCUCCUCCCUCUCCACCAGCUGGUCUUCCAGAGGCACUUCCGACAGCAGCGCCUCAAGUAAAGGGUCCACUUCCCCCUCACAGACGUUCGUCACAUCCCGGCCUGUCAAGAUCACGGAACCACUCAAGCGUAGUCAGUCGCUGUCGCCCAAGACCAGUUACCAGAAAUACACUGCUCAUGAGGCAGAAAUCGUCAACCAUGCAUCUUCCUCCCAGAUUCGUUUGUUCCAUGACAAAGCAGAAAUUAGACCGGGAGUGUCAGUCACACCUACGGAAACAGCAGCUCUCGCUGCAGCCAGCAAUUUCCCGACAGCGUCGGACAAAGAGAAGAUUGCUCUGGAAGCACUGACCAAUCAGCUUCCAUCGAGAACAAUAGCAAUGUACAACGGGGACCAUAACGGGGACAGCAGCUCCAAUGCAAGCGUCAGUGAAAACGGCGAUGAACCGACCACAUACCCUUUGCAUAUGUUGCAGAGUAUGAAAAAGUCCAUUGUCAUCGACCUAACCGAUGAGGACGGGAGACCCAAGAUGGACGUUCAAGUUGACAAUUCGACGAUUGCCCGUAUGUACCGGGACACGCGGAAGCUGGACGCCAACCGGCCGCACAUCAAGCGGCCGAUGAACGCCUUCAUGGUGUGGGCCAAGGAGGAGAGAAGAAAGAUACUGGCGAGACAUCCUGACAUGCACAACUCCAACAUCAGCAAGAUACUCGGUUCCAAAUGGAAGACAAUGUCCAAUGCCGAGAAACAGCCAUACUAUGAAGAGCAAGCUCGUCUCAGCAAGGCCCACCUGGAGAAAUACCCGGAUUACAAGUACAAGCCCCGCCCAAAACGCACCUGCAUCAUCGACGGCAAGAAGCUGAAGAUCGGCGAGUACAAGGCCCUGAUGCGGGCCAAGCGGCAGGAGGUCCGACACGUCUUCUACACUCGGGACGGCGAACACAUGGUGCGAGCGCCCAACAUUGGCCCCAUGUCACCCCAGGGGUUGUCCAUGGUGGAAGGUGCUUACUCCCUGGGGCAAGUCUCUUCCCCUAUGUCCCUGGAAUCGCCCACAGAGUACUGAGCCAUCAAAGUGUCAUUGGUUUUUUUUUUUUAUAUCAGGGUUUUUGUGUUUAUAUUAUAGCCUUUUAAUUGGACCAUAUGUUUUUUUAGACAGUUUGGUCCAUUCAGUGGAUCACAACUGUUGACUUAAACCACCGAAUCUGAAUUCAGUGUGACCAGUUCCAUUAGGCAUUAAUUCAUCAACUUCAAAUGUAUUGUUUAUGGUGCUGUAUUUGUCGAAUUAAUGAGGAAGUGGUGAGAUUUGUCAUUUCUUCCAUCUUGGUGAAGAGAGGUUGCCGUAUCCUGGGUCUGAGAGUUGUGAUUGGACCAAACCCAUGAAGACACUCAAUCACAUGCAGGUACAGCACCCAGACUCCUCUCAUCCCAACUCCAGCUUGUCUUGGCAGCAUGGGUAGACACUGACUACUUCAGGUCACAGAAUCUUGAAAAAUCGAUAUGUCUGACAGCUGCAGUGCACGCUGAAAUUAUAACUCUGAACCACUGCCAAAUGUGUAACCAAGAAAAAUGGCUCAUCCAAGAAGAACUGUGCGAAACAGUUUGAGUAUAACAGGCCGACAAAUUUGCAUUUGCAAAAGGGGAAAGGUUGGUUCCUCCUUGUAUAUAAAUGUAACAGACCCCAGUGGGAGGGUGAUGCUCCCUGACCACUGAAGAUGGCUUCAGCUUUUGACCACUGAAGAUGGCUUCAGCUUUUGACCACUGAAGAUGGCUUCAGCUUUUGUGGAUGCUUUUUGCCUGCGCUUCUCAAGUAAGCUUAUCGAUGCUGCCUAAUGACCAUAUAUUAAGUUGCAUAGUAUUACAUGUAGAUUCACACCACCUCUCUGUAAAAAUGUGCCCACCACAUUUUUAACGCUAACCCCUUACGGUGUAUGUAAAAAUCAGUUUGAAAUCGGAGGAUUUGGGACUGUGAGGGAUAUAUCACAUUUGUUGGUCACACCACAGAGUGGGAUGUCGUGUACAGCGACACAACCCACUAUGAGAUUAACUUCCAUGGUGGUACCUGCCAAACCUGCUGUAACUGAUCUUCACUGGGCUCCAAACUGAGGUUCAACUUGCACAGAGUCUACGUUCACAAGUCACUUCCUGGUGCAUCAAAGGUGUAGACCUUCAUCAUGAUGCUGCCGUUUUUGUCUUGCUCUUGUAUACCAAAUGAUGGAACUAGUACAACCUUACAUAUUGCUAAAGGCAACUGACUGUUUUUUUUCUUACAGCCUCAGUUUGGGGCUCUCUGUGGUAGAAAACAAGAUAGUUGCCCCUUGAUAUGAUGAAGCUCUAUCCUAUGUGGUGUAGCCAACAAGUUUCACACAAGUGACUUUGGUUCUACAGUAGAAGUGCCAUGCUGAAGAACAAAAUGAAAAAUAAAACAAGUUCACUAAAUUCAUGACGGUUGAGAGAAUCCUUGGCACAAAUGCACAAUACCUACCCAAGAGCAAUCAUUUUCACAACCAGACUACAAGUACAGUACGUCCUACCUCAGCAUUCGCUCUUUGCACGCUGCCGCCAUAGGCACGCAGAGCCUCGAUCUAGCAGCUUGACACAAUCAAUAUAGCCGGUUCAGUGAUUCCCGUGUAUGUUGCUUAGCAAUUUGGUGCAUGCUGUGUUCUUAUACCAUGCGAUUGGACAAUGUUUCAAAAAGCUACGUUGACACGAUUGUGAUGCAAUUGUACAAGCUGCCAGUUCGAGGCUCUGCAUGCCUAUGGCGGCAGCGUGCAAAGAGUGAAUAGGCUAUGAAACAUUACGCAAUACAGAUCCACUUCCGUAAAUGGUGGUGUUCAUCAUGAACCCUAGUUCUGAAGAAAAAAAAAGCAGCUGAUUUUAUGUUUGUUUAUGUCAUCACAGAUCACCAUUUCUCUGUAUUAAAUGUCAUUUAUGGCUCUUUUUGGGGGAAAAAUAAAAAAAUACUGAACUCUCCCUUGUAUAUUUGCCAAGAAGCAUGUCGACUUUUAUCUAGUUUACUUCUGGACGCACUAGCUAGUUACAUAUUUAAUUGACUACGUAACUGAAGCAAAACUGGGGAAGCUCAACCUCCCCCCAAAAGUCAACAAAAAGCCAAAAACAAAAAAACAAAACAAAACAAAAAAUAAGAAAAAAAAAUAGGAUGAGAUUGUCAAUAACAUGAGUUUGUUCUGAUCGUCUUUUCUUUUCUGUUCGGGCUUUUCUGUUGUAUUUAUUUUUGAGUUGUUAGAAUAGAAAAGGGGUUUUGUAGACUUGAUCAACUGUGGGGAGAGAUCAUCACAGAUAUCUACCUGUAAUAAUCCUUCUGCAGCAACUUCGUGCUCUCUACUCAGGAUUUUACUUUUGACCAGCCCAGACCUUUGAAAGGUUUGUUGCAACAUCUGUUGUGGGAAUUUUUCCCCUUCAAAUUUUACAGAACUUGAGUUUUAGAGUUUCAUUUUGUUUUGACAAACAUCACUAGUUUGGGUCGACGUGUACUUUCACUUUGUUUUCUUUUGCUUGUUUUCAUUUUUGACAAAUUCACAUAGUAAAUAUGUGAAUAAUAUGCUUUUUGAUAGAUAGUAUCAUUUUGAUCAAACAUCUUAGUUCUGUAAAUACAGUAUAUAAAAACAAAAAAGGGGGAAAAAUCGAAUCAAAAUUGUGUUGUAUGAAAACCUGCUGCCUGUGUAAAAAUGUAAAUGGUGCAUGGAUUUGGGAAAUAUGUCAGGAUUUAGUCUGGGCCGUAGAUGAUGGCACCAGUCUGAAAAGCUUGCUGAUUGUCGAUCAGUCAACGGAAUUUUUGCCAAAGGGAAAGUAUGCAGGAUUUGACACAACAUAAAACUCUUUUGUUGAAAAAUGAAAGAAAAAAAUUGAAAACUGUACGCAUUUGAUAACCUUGAACAAAAAGGUAUAUAUGUGUAGUCGACAUUGAUGUACAUGUACAUGUUAGAUGUUGGAACGAUGUUCUUGCGUAGUAUGUGUGUAAAUAUGUAUUUUAAUAGAUAGCUAUAUCAACUUUAAGCGUUACCUGUGCUCAAUUGCUCAAUACCUCAUUUGCAUAAAAUUUACAUUGUCUGUGUAGACAGGUGAAAACUGUAAAUGUUUAGGAUGGACAGAGUGGAAUGUAAAGAUGGCGGUUGGUGGCGCUUGGCAGUCUGUAAAUAUUUUCUCCCUAAAACAUCACCAGCCUUGUUGAAACAUGUCAUAGGAAAAAAAGCUUACCGAUAAACUGGACCAUUAUCCAUUAUCAAAAUUGACAGUAUCAUGCCGAGAAGUUUAAGUGACCGUAAUCGAGAAAAGAUGCUUUAUGAGGUCCAUAAGUUAUGUGCCACCUGAUGUAUUAUUCCUUAAAACUAAGACACAGGUUUACCAUGGCGGCAAGUCUUCGAUAUUUUAGUCAUCACCUUAAGUCCAUCGGGCGUAGCAAAUUUCACGCCGCCAUGUGUUUCCAUUGAAGCCAGCUGCUUGGAAGAACUGAAAUUCUAUGAGGAAAAGUUGUCGUGAGGCCACGGAAUACAAAGCUCUUUCUGAUUUUUUAGCCUGCAGAGUUUGGGACUUACCUCCUGUUGGCCGCAUCCGUACAUGUGACAUCAAAUCAUGGGAACUCCCUUCGUUGGGGAAACUAUCGUAUAUGGUCCCAGGCCAUGGACCAUCUGCUUAUCUCGGUAUAGACAAAUCUGUCGAGACGCCAUUCCGAGGGGCCAUUACACACCUGAGCGCGCGCACUUCGGCAAUUGACUACUGCCUAUCGGUCAAGGAGGAAUUUCACGCGUGCGCACUGCCUGUUUUCGAACAGGAUGGCCCCGUAGUAAUGACUUCUAAUUUUGGUCGUCGGAUUCGUCUAUAAGACUGUUUACUGUCAUUUCUUGAAAUUUACUGGUUUGGAUCGUGAUCAUCGUGGAGGUUUCCUACCUGCAUGAUUAAAUCUAACCAACGGCUGUAGAAAAACUGAACAAGUACAACAAAUUCAAAACCUCUGAGAGAUCCAUUUUCAACUCGGGUUGUAAUUCAAGUCAAAGAAAUACCUACACAUGCGCGUACGUGCAUAAAUAUCACGUGCAUUAUCUUUUGCACUGACGUCACAAAGGCCUGUGGUAAAUACCGCCCUCUUGUGUUGCCUACUGAUUAAAGGAGUAACUUUGCUAUUAUCUUCUUGGCAACAUUAACCAAGGGUUUAAUAAUCAACGCAAGGAAUUUUCAACUCUAACGUAGUUGCUCGAUUUUCUUUUGUAUGUCUCCCACUUUUUUGAAUGUCCUCGGAUGAAUCCUAAUUUUUUGGUUGCAAUGAAGUAUUUGUUGUGUCGGGUUAAUCGAAUGCUAGAGAAGAGCGUAACGGUCGUGAUAGCAAAUCAACCACGUAGGCCCACUGUAUUCAUGUUUACAGUAGCUGUGUUCCUAAUGACGAUAUCCACUACAUUUGGUUUUUUUUUACAUCAGUGGAGAAAACUGUUGGUAACUUUUUGUCAGUAAUUCUUCCCUUAAACUAGAGACGAGGUUUCUGACCAGUGGAGAAUGGGACGAUGUUAUGACCCCGGAUGACCUCUCUGUAUUCAUUAUGCAGAACUUUAGUGCGUAGUAUUGUGCAGGUUUCUUCAUGUAUCUUCCUAACGCCGAUCGCGAAGUGUGAGUGAUUCCAGUUUGGCAUGCACAUUUUUUCUUGCGGUUGGGUGGAGGAGUUUACAAAUUCAUGAUGCAGAUGUUUUGCAUAUUCAUGAGCGUGUUCAGCUUUCCAGCCCAUUUCGCACAUACUUAUUGGCAUAUCGCCAUUGAGAUUCGACGCGUUUUGAAGGGGAUGAAACCUGCGUACAUGUGCAUGUGGUUUGUCUUAUUUGGGGUCUUGUCUUGCCAUAACUGUUUUCCAUUUGGUUUUCUCAUUGAUUACUCUGAGUAAUCCGCCUUGAACAGAAGCACCCCCUCAUCGGUUGAAGAGAGCCAUGCUGGGGAGGGUUCAAUUUGUUGGUAACGAUGCGACGGUAGCGCCUGCAUUUCCUAGUUGUUCGUGCACCAGCGAAGCUAAGUUCCAACCAAAGGAGCUUCCGUCGCGAAGAAAAUUGACCCUAUCUUGGUCCAGCUCGAGGCUCAUAGGGCUUGUAAUCGAAAUGGUGAGGAACCCUUCUCAGAUAUGUUCAGUUUUAGCAGUCAUAGUCUCUUAACACGCUGUACACGUCGCUGGCGAGUUUGUACCCCUGUUAAUACGUGUAAACGUUUUUGUUAGGUUACCGUCGACUGUAUAGCACUUGACCUGACCGUUGUACGUGACGUCAUUAAAUGGAAAGAACCAGGUUACGUUGACGUUUCUUAAAGAAGUUGAGCCUUUGUUUAUAUCGCCCUCUUUUGUACUCCGUUUGGGGGUUUCAAUACCCUCCCCUCCCCCCCUUUUUAACUCAGGGUAUGAGAAAAACCCUUUGCAUGUAAAAUCAGUGUAAAUUGUGAACAAAAGAUAGUUACACAAGGUAUUCAGUGUUUAGCUUGACAGCGAUUCAAAUAAAUAGAAGUUCAAAAUUCUUCCUUUUUAUAUAAAGUAACUAAUUAAGACUUAAAUAUUGGUCGUAUGAUGCUAGUCAUUCGUGUUGUGUGGACUGUUGAAUAUUCAGUAGCUGUGACGUCGUAGACUAGGUGUGCGUUUUAUGAAUAUUCAAUAGCAGUAAGAAAUCGGGUGCAAAACUUAUGUAGUUUACUAUGAUAUCAUGACGUGGUUGUUUGAAAACUGAAAUAUAUGGAUAUUACUACUGUUGUAUCAACGUUUUUGUCGAUCUAUAAAUGUCCUGUAAAACGUCUGUAAAAUUUAUCUGAAAUUUAUUAUGAAUUAAUGGAUCCGUGGUUUUUAUUUUUUAUAGAAACAUCUACCACCUUUUUUGAGGCGAAGUUCGUGUCAUUUGACUUGUUCAAGAUGAUUGUGUAAUAUAGUUUAUGGACAUUAAUGUGAGAUUCUUGAGGUUCAACCACGUGCUGUUGUGGUGCACUGCUGUAUAUUGUGUAUGUGUAAACCAAGUAUACGUACAUAGACUCUUUUUUGUGUACCAUUGACCGUGUACAGUGUUAGAUGUACAUGUGGUUGUAAUUUCAUCGAGAGCAGUGCCAAAAUUGCUAUGAAAACACCACAGUUAAUUGUAUUCAUAGCGUUCGAAGACGGGCGUAUAUCUUAAGUAUGGCAUCGUCUGACUCGGCAUUGCGGGCCUGAAAUAGGUAUCCUCAGUCGUGAAAGCUUCAAAUAUUGAACUUCUGAAAACAAAAGCUAAUUCUGUUUAAAAAGUUUAAAUGUAUGAAUAAUAUCGCCACAGCAAGUAGAUCAAAUCCCCCGUUUGAUUUCGAGUGGGCAUGGUCGAAGGAGAAUGUGAAGGAAAGUAAGAUGGCCUUGCAGUACAUGUAAAUGUCCUGGUUCUUUGGUGCGCUUUCUGAGAAGCCGUUUCAGAGCAAGUGUCAAAACCAAGAAAUAAUGUCAUGGCUACUGAGGACGUCAUGACUCAUUGUAGGGCUUCCUUGUGUUGUGGUGCUUCGUAUAGUCGUCCCUGUCGUUGAACAAUUAGACGCCCCCUCUGCUAUGAAUCGAUCCUUCCAUCCGGUCCAAGGGAUAAGCUCAGAAUGGUGAUGUCUUUAAUCCAAUAUUAAGUUAAUUUUUAUUUGUGAGCUCUAUUUAUUUUUGUUGACUUUGAAUCUGGAGAAAAUGUAAAUGCACACUAAAUGUAAGUUUAGUCAGUGUUUGUAUAACAUCGCCCGAAGUGUGACCAAUAAAUUUUAUACUACGCCAACUUAUUUCGUUAACGAUGUAUGUAUAAAUAUUUUAUUUAUAUUUAUAGAUAUGUUUAAGACUUGGGAUUGACAUGUCCUACAGAUCCCAGCAAACUCGUACCUGUAUUUGUGGAAAGCUUCCGCUAGCCGUUACAAUCGUGUUGAAAGAUGCAACAGCUAUGGGGUAUGAAAAUUGCUAUUGAACACAACUCUACUCACUUCGACAAGGAUCGUUCUGUGUUGACUGGUUUAGAGUUUAAAAAUUUCUGUUUUGUUCGUUUCUUUAAUUUAUUGGUGCUCCUUUUACCACCAUUAAUGCUUUGUAAAUGCACGCCCUCUGUUGGCCUUUGUUGGUCAGAUGCAUGGCUUUGCUUUAAUAUUCUGUAUUAUUUUGUAUAGCAAGAAUACAUGUAUACGUAUCUACCCUUUUUUGACAUUAAAUGUAGUAUAAAGAAAAUAAUAAACGUUGUGCAACUAUUCA